UUGUAGGCAUAAACAAUCAAUGUGUUCUAUUAUAUCAUAGGUGAGGAUGGGUGACCAAAAAUGGGUGAUUUUGUUGCUCACACUUUUUCCUGGGACAGUGAAGGCGACAUCUGAGUGCUUUUGUCUUUCGGAGAAUCUCGCUGUUGGAGCUGUAGCGGUCCAGUCUUCCACAUACAAUUAUUUAGGAGCUGCUCAAAAUGCUGUCGAUGGCAAUAGUGAAUCAAAUUACAUGCUGGGGUCCUGCACGCACACUGCAGGGGACAAUCCCUGGUGGAAAGUUGACUUGAAGGAAGUGCACAAGGUAAUUAGGGUUAGUAUCACUAAUCGAGGAGACUGUUGUGCAGAGAGGAUAAUUGGUGCUCAGAUCCGCAUCGGCUACAGCCUGGCAAAUAAUGGCAACAGCAACCAGCUGGCUGCAAUUGUUGAUUUCAUCCAGUCUGGAGAAACAAAAACAUUUGAUUUUAAGCCUGUUAAGGGGAGAUUUGUCAACAUUUUUCUGCCUGGGCAAGGAAAAUACCUCACUUUGUGUGAAGUUAAUGUAUUUGCAGCUAAGGGAACGACUCUGAGAUAA